CGCUUCCACACGCACCAUCCGCUCCAGCGCAUGGGCAUCGACCGGCCGGCAGGCGGCGCCCCCCGUCUCCGCUGUCACCACACGCGCCGCCCGCCCGCCGACGCCGACCCGGUGCCGUAUUUCCCGCAGCCGUUUCCGCAAACCAACCACACCCUCCAUUCUUAUUUCUUUUCUUUAACACCUGCUCCACGCCGCGCCACCGAAGAAAAGGAUUAGAUCAGAAGCUUAAGCUUAGCUACAGAUUAUUGUGGUCUUUCUGUUCAUUUCGCCUUGCGUACAGGAAGAGAAAAUAAGCAGUAGCAGUUUGUUCGUUUAUUCCGUUCCACGCGUCGCAACAAUUCCCAACGCGAGAUUCCCUGCUCCGACCGCGUCUUCCUUUGUUUUGUUGGUUUCCGUUCUGUCCUUCGCAGCUUUGACUUGGGGAGUUGAGUUUCUUCUUCGUCUCCCUCUCCGGCCUUCUUGGGGAUUUCGUUCUUCUUGGAUUCUGAGACGAGAAAGUCUUGCUUUGAAUUGGUUGGUUUGUGAGGAUUUGCUGGGAGAAAGGUGGGAUUUUUAUUGAAUUUCUCCUCGGUUCCGUCGAUUCGAGGCGGCCUGCGGUGAUUGUUAGAGGGGGGGAAAGGAGAAAUUUUCGGUUCAAGAUUUGUUGCCGGAGAAGGAAGCGAGAUGGGCAAGCCGUCGCUGAAGAAGAAGAGGUGUUCUGACGCCGGUGGCGGCGGCAAGUCCGGCGAGCACAGGGGCAAUCCGGCGGUGCUGGAGCGGUCGGGCUCUAAGGUCCUAGACGGCGACGAGACCCUCUUCACGGACAUGGCGCAAGAGCACAAGGAGGAGGGCAACAAGCUCUUCCAGCGCCGGGACUACGACCGCGCACUGCUCAACUACGACAAGGCCAUCAAGCUGCUCCCUCGGGCGCACCCUGACGUCGCCUACCUCCACAGCAACAUCGCCGCCUGCUACAUGCAGAUGAGCCCACCCGACUACUACCGUGCCAUCAACGAGUGCAACGUCGCGCUCGAGGCAUCCCCCAAGUACACCAAGGCGCUGCUCAAGCGGGCGCGCUGCUUCGAGGCUCUUGGGAGGCUCGACCUCGCCUGCAGGGACGUCAACAAGGUGCUCGCCUUGGAGCCCAAUAACCUCACCGCGCUGGAUGUGGCUGAUAGGGUAAAGAAGGCAAUGGAGGAGAAGGGGAUUGUGUUGGACGACAAGGAGGCCAUGCCCACGCCGGAAGAGGUGGUAGCCGCUGCGCCCAAGCAGAAGCCGCGCAAGAAGAAGGGACGGAAGGCGGCCGCCAAGGCGGCGGCGGCUGCUGUGGAGGAGGUGGAGGAGCAGAAGGCAGCGGAAGCUGUCAAGGAGGUGGAGGAACCACCGAGGCAGGUGAAACUUGUGUUCGGUGAAGACAUCAGGUGGGCUCAGGUGCCGGCAAGCUGCAGCAUGGCACAGCUGCGCGAAGCCGUAAGAAGCAAGUUGCCUGGGCUGAAGGCUGUUCUUGUCAAAUACAAGGACAAGGAGGGUGAUCUUGUGACAAUCACCAACCAGGAUGAGCUGAAAUGGGCUGAAGAGUUGGCUGAGCCAGGGAGCUCUCUUCGGCUCUAUGUCACCGAGGCCAAUCCGGAGCAUGAACCUUAUGUAGAUGACGCCAAUAGUGGGCCAUUGGAGAGAAAUGUGAACAGCGCUUCGGAUAAUGGAAGUAUCAGAAGCAAUAGGCAGGAUGAGGAAAGAAGUACGGUGACUUGCAUUGAUGAUUGGAUUGUGCAAUUUGCCUGGCUUUUCAAGAACCAUGUUGGGGUCAGCUCCGAUGAAUAUUUGGAUCUCCAUGAGGUCAGUAUGAAGCUCUACUCCGAGGCCAUUGAGGACACUAUUACCACUGAGGAAGCCCAGGAGGUGUUUCAACUUGCUGAGGGCAACUUUCAGGAGAUGGCAGCGCUUGCAUUUUUCCACUGGGGUAAUGUUCAUAUGUCUCGGGCCAGGAAAAGGUUGUUAUUGUCAGGAGACUCCCCAAGGGAAUUGGUGCUUGAGCGAGUGAAGGAGGCGUAUAAGUGGGCAAGGGAAGAGUACAAUACGGCUGGAAAGAGAUAUGAAGAAGCCAUGAAGGCCAAACCGGACUUUUUUGAAGGUUUCCUUGCACUUGCGCAUCAGCAGUUUGAGCAAGCAAAAUUGUCAUGGUACUAUGCAAUUGGUAGUAAUGUGGAUUUGGACACGUGGCCUUCGUCUGAAGUCUUGGAGCUCUUCAAUAAAGCCGAGGAUAACAUUAAGAAGGGUACAGAAAUGUGGGAGGAAAUGGAAGAACAGCGCCUGAAGAAUCGGUCCAAACCUAACCAGGAGAAUGUUGUGCUAGAGAAGAUGGGUUUGGAGGAGUAUAUCAAAGAUGUAUCCACUGAUGACGCAGCUGAACAAGCUUCCAAUUUGAGGUCUCAGAUAAACAUUUUGUGGGGUAUGCUCCUUUAUGAGCGCUCAGUUGUGGAAUUUAAAUUAGGUCUUCCAAUGUGGGAGGAUUGUCUGACGGCAGCUAUCGAAAAGUUUAAACUUGGGGGAGCUUUGGCUACAGAUAUUGCUGUGUUGGUAAAAAACCACUGUGCAAAUGAAACUGCCCAAGAUGGUUUGGGCUUCAAGAUUGAUGAAAUUGUGCAAGCCUGGAAUGAAAUGUACGACAUUAAACGGUGGCUGCGCAGUCUUCCAUCCUUCCGCCUUGAGCCAUUGUUUAGGCGGAGAGUUCCACAAUUGCAUACUGCACUGGAACAUGUAUAGUACGCAUGAAGUUGCUGUGAGAUUCUGGGCUUUUUCUUUAAUCAGCGGCAAUUUUCUCUUUUAGAUCUUACUGUGACAUGUGGUUUGGAGGACAGUUGAUGUACUUUGCUUUGAAGAUAGUUGUGGUGGUGAUUUGAUUGUUGAGUCACAAGUUUGUUGCGUUUUUUCCAACAAUUGUUUUAUAAUCCAGUCAAGCACUAGGAUUCUUGAGUCCUCACCACAAAUUUGGUGCAUUUUCAACUUCUGUCAUCAAGUUAGAUGGACAGGGUUGUUGCUAUUGUAGAGUUUGACGGUAGCAUAUUUUUGUGGGAAUACUAAACCAGUUGUACAUUUUUUCAUGUUCCGCUUGAGGGACUUCGACCUAGGCAGUAGGCACUACUAGUUUUAACUCUGGUGUAAGACUAUCUCCAACGGUUUCCCAUCAGGAUCCAGAAUCUCUUCAGCGUUCCAACGGUUUCCCUUUACGGUUCUCGUCACGAAGGGAUUCACAAGGUCAUUCCCUUCAGGACGGGAUUAUCUCUCAUUUUCCUUCACGAUUUCUUUCGAAGGGAAACUGUUGGAGAUGAGAAAAAAUAAAAGGAAUGGGAAUAGGAGGGGAAUCGGGAAGGAAACGAAAUGAAGUAAAUAUGGUUGAAGAUGGUCUAAGCUCCGGAAAUAAAAUUUCUUUUAAGGUCAGUUGCUGGAUUUGUUUUGUUGCAUUUUUUAUACGUCAAAGAAUCUGCUUCCCGGUUGUGAAGCUAUUCAUACAAGCCUAUUCUUUGCACAAGGCUGGUGGCCGUCUUAGUUCUUGUUUUGGUCUGAUUUGCUUUGUAAUGCACAGAAAGCUGUGCUUUAUUAUUGAAACAGAGCUGCAUAUGUCUGUGACAGCCCAUUGUUGGAGGAUGGGAUUGGUGGCGUCCUCUUUUGUUUUCUAAUAUUUUGUCUGCUUUGCCAAUGUGCAAACUCAUUUAGGCUUGUAAUACAGUUACAUUAAGAAUUUGCUGUCGUUAAAAUUUGAAAGAAAGUAAAGACAAAAAAAUAGCAUUGUGGGU